CAACAACAGCUUGUCAGACACCUCCGUAGCUUUCUAGCAAACACAGCUACAACAUUCACGCUCUUUACACUGUUUUUGGUGUAUAUUAGUCGCUGUGUAUUAAACAUACUUCUGUCAUAUGUACUUGUUGACCCAUUUAAUUAUAUAUUUACGUUGUUUGUCAACUAGCUGGUUUGCUAAGUUAUCUUAGAACUAGGCUAGUCGCUAAUGCUAGCUGGCUAACAUCUCCGACCAUGAGUUCACUAAGCUACUCUCUUCCUGAUAAAGACGAGGAGGUGUGCUGGACGGAGAAAGAAGCUCUCAUCAAAGAGGAGGAGGAAGAGAAAUAUGUUACUAUACAAAAACAAGUAGAGGGGGAGGCUGUUACUGUGAAAGAAGAAGAGAAAGAUGUUUCAGUGAAAGAAGAGGAAGACACGUUCAGAGUGAAAGAGGAGGGUGCAUUUUUUGGAGUGAAAGAGGAGGAGGGGGAGAUUACUGUCACAUUGGAGGAAGAAGAGCAGGUUGGAGAUCUGUUUAACACCAGAGAGAGACGGGACUAUCGUGGAUCCUCUGGGAAGCCUCAACAACCUUAUGAUGAUGCUGAAGAGGCAGAGAAGAGCCUCUCCAGAUCAGAACACCUCAAUAAACACCUGCAGAGAUCCACAGGGAGGAGAACUCAUUGCUGCUCUGACUGUGGGAAGAGAUUCACGUCAUCAGGCAUUAAAAUGCACCAGAGAACACACACAGGAGAGAAAUCGUAUAGCUGUGUUCAAUGUGGGAAGAGUUUUGGUGGAUCUGGCUCUCUGACAGUGCACCAGAGAACACACACAGGAGAGAACCCUUUCAGCUGUGGUCAUUGUGGGAAGGGAUGCACUACAUCUGGCCAUCUAACUAUACACCAGAGAACACACACAGGAGAGAAAUCUUAUAGCUGUGGUCAAUGUGGUAAGAGUUUUGGUCAAUCUGGAGAGCUCACAGUGCACCAGAGAACACACACAGGAGAGAAACCUUAUAUCUGUGUUCAAUGUGGGAAGAAUUUUGGUCGAUCUGGCUCUCUGACAGUGCACCAGAGAACACACACAGGAGAGAAACCUUACUGCUGUGAUCAAUGUGGGAAGAGAUGUACUACAUCUGGCAAUCUAACUCUACACCAGAGAGCACAUACAGGAGAGAAACCUUAUACCUGUGGUCAAUGUGGGAAGAGUUUUGCUGCAUCUAGCACUCUGACUCAACACCAGAGAACACACACAGGAGAGAAACCUUUCAGCUGUGUUCAAUGUGGGAAGAGUUUUGCUGCAUCUAGCACUCUGACUCUACACCAGAGAACACACACAGGAGAGAAAUCCUACAGCUGUGUUCAAUGUGGGAAGAGUUUUAGUCAAUCUUGCCAUCUGACUCUACACCAGAGAACACACACUGGAGAGAAACCGUAUAGCUGUAAUCAAUGUGGGAAGAGCUUUACUCAGCUAAACAGCCUGAUUUUGCACCAGAGAACACACACAGGAGAGAAACCUUACAGUUGUGUUCAAUGUGGGAAGAGUUUUCGUCAAUCUUGCCAUCUGACUCUACACCAGAAAACGCACACAGGAGAGAACUCAUCAGAAAAUACAUGAAGGAGUUGUUUCAUGAUAUCAGUGAAAUAAUUUCACAAUGAAGAAUGUUUUUAACAUUGUAUUUGGAGUAUUUUAAGGUAUUUCACAAUGUAGAAUCCUAAACGUUCGCCCCCUGUUCUAUUGAUUUCAACAUGAUAUGGAUAUUAGCCUUGGGAAAAAUCCAGGCUCUGAAUUGAAAGAGUAUUAUUUAUGUGAUUUAACAAAAAGUGACUAACACAAAAAGAGCUGUGUUACACUUCCCGUGUUGGUGACCCACUUGAAUCAAAAUGUAACACUUCAAAAUGUAGCUAGCUGUUUUCUAAAAGUUGUCCUCUAACCAGUGAUGUACACAUUAUUCUCUGAUUCUGUGUGGUUUUUGAGCUGUUAGUUUUGACAGGACGUGCAACCUCAUCUCCCUCUCGGGCAACAAUUGAUUUCAACAUGAUAUCGUUGAGUGAUGACAAAUAAGUGUUGAGUUCCUUUGUUUAGCGACCUCUAAAUUUAAAUGCAUCACUCCAAAAUGUAGUUGACUGUCUUCUGCAGGUUGUCCUAUAAUCAGUGAGGUAAAAUAUAUCUUUCAUUUCAAUGUGUUCUUUUAGUUGUGUUAGUUUCAACAGCACGUACAACCUGAUUUCCCCCCCUAAUCGAUAUCAGUGAUUUAUUGCUACUUGUCAAAACAAGUGUUUCUGAUGCUUGUGCCGUUUAUAAGGAGCUUGUUUAAAAAAUACAAGUAAUGUGGUUAUUGUGGCAGAUGUUUGUGUUCAUAGCACAUUUUAUGUUUAGGUUUUCAAUAUAUCACAAACUGCAUAUUGGUUAUUGAUUUGAACACGUUAAAACUGUGUUUUUACUUUGGGGUUAUCCCACCUAGCAAAAUGUAAUUGAAAAGAAGACAAUGCCUGACGUCCAAUAUUUGUUCGGUUGUAGUUGAAAAUAUGUAUUUUGGGGUUAUUUUUUUAAUUACUUUAAAACAACGUAAUGUCAACGUACUUUCAGUAGCCGAGUGGUUAGAGCGUUUGGCAGUAACCGAAAGGUUGCUGUAUCGAAUCUCCGAGCUGAUAAACAUUUUGAAAGGUGGAUCUCUCUUCUGGCUCUUCACUGACUCCUUCCAUCAGCUUCUCCCAGGAUGACUUGCUCCUGGGUGGUGGGGGGCAUUGGACAGAAUUCCAAACUGGCAAUGCUCUGUUGGCGCUCUCAGUUCACUUCCCAAAUCCCAUCCAAAAUAUGUUGUUCUCCCCCCAGUUAACCCACUGUUCCUAGGCUGUCACUGUCGAUAAGAAGUUGUUCAUAACUGACUUGCCUAGUUAAAUAAAAAGUGGACGAGAGUUCUAUUAGCUAGUGAAUUUUUGGGUUCUAUUAAAAAAAAAUGAAAAAAAUAAUACUAAAGUAUAUUAUUAUUUCGAUUUUCUUUUUUGCUGCCUUCAAUUGUUGCCAGCCAGCAGACACCAUGUUUAUAUUGUAGAAGGUGAAGCAUUGUAGUUGAUUACAAUGUGAAAUGGAAGUUGUUUUCUGUUGGUGGUGAGAAAACUCGUCCAUCAAAAAUAUAGGAUAUAUUUGUUGUCUUAAAGUGGAAUGUUUUACAGGCUUUGGUUUUUCGAUUUAUGUUGUGAGGUUGAACUUUUGCUCAUUAGCACGUAGGACACACUGAUUGGUGUCACCUCGUUAGUCAGUAUGUGUUACACUGGCUUGUCCAUCUCGUUAGUGGGAAGGUGUUUCGCCUGAGCUGGUCCAGGUUCUAUUUAAGAGUGUCUGGCCUAGUGCUCCAGUUGUCUUGAUAGAUGUGGAGAGUCAACACCACCUUUAGUUGCGUCCCGUUUUAAGUUUGUUGUAUUUUUUAAAUUUUGUUUGUCGCUUCUUGGGAAGAUUUAGGGGGUCUCAUGGUGGGUGUCUUUUAGGUCCCCGUUGUUGUUACUAGUCAACUUUCAGUGGACAUUGAGAGCAAAAUUGCAAGCUUAUGUUAUAAUAUUUUUAUUGUAUCAAAUGGUUGUUUAUGCAACAGAAUAGAGAGUUCUUAGAACUAUAGUGUCUGUGUGUUCUACUGAGGAUGGGCCACUGGGUGAAAACACUGACAGGAGAUUUACAAUGUAUUUUAGGUGAUAAAACCUAAAGAGACCGCAUUCCAGAGCAUGAGUUUCUGUUCGAUAUGGUACCAGGGAGAGAUGACCCCAGGGCCAGACCCUGGUCUCUACACAGAGGACUGUUUUUACAGCAGAUGCUGUCUGCUGUGAAUUAUAAGUAUAUUUCAUACAAGUCUUAACCUUGUGACCUGUUCUAUACAUCUAUUGUUUGUCAUGUAGAUUGAAAGGGGUGUAUCUUGCCUGUGAAAUACUUUUGUCUCGUGGCUCUCAACGAAUCAUCAUCAUCGUAGAGCACUCAAUUGAUUCACUUUAUAUGUGUGCGUUGUAUUGCCCUGUUCCCAUAUUAAGUAUAUAAAGAUUUAGUU